AUGUCCGACCAAGUCCCACCGCUCAUCACGCUCGAAGAGCACUUCAUCGCCCCGGACGUCUUCUCCGAGCUGUCCGACAUCUACGGCGAACAACUCAAGCACCUCCCGGAUGUCGCGGCCCGUCUGCAAGACGUCGGGCCCCUCCGCCUGUCCGACAUGGACACGAACCGCAUCGCCCUCCAAAUCGUAUCCCACGCCCCGGGUCUCGGUGCGCGACCGCUGGCACUCAGCCGCCUCGCCAACGACACGCUCGCGGGCGCCGUACGGGACAAUUCAUCCCGGCUGGCGGGGUUCGCGGUGCUGCCGAUGGCCGAUCCUGAGGCUGCGGCAGCGGAGCUCCGGCGAUGUGUCCGGGAGCUGGGGUUCGUCGGCGCCCUGGUGGAUGCGCACGUGGACGGGACGCAUUACGACGACAGACGGUUCUGGCCCGUCUUCGUCGCGGCGGCGGAGCUUGACGUGCCCAUCUAUCUGCACCCGACCUUUCCGUCGGAGCGUCAGCUCCCGGCGUACGAAGGGAGCUACGAGCCCGGCGCCGCGCGGAGUCUCGGGUCCAGCGGGUUCGGCUGGCAUCAGGACACCGGGCUCGGCGUCCUCAAGCUCUUCGCCGUCGGCUUGUUCGACGCGGUGCCGGGGCUGAAGAUCAUCAUCGGGCACUUUGGCGAGAUGCUCCCCUUCAUGAUGGAGCGCGUGGAGAAGCUCUCGAUCCGCUGGGGCGCGCGGCAGCGCAAGUGGCGGCAGGUCUGGGAGGAUAACAUCUGGAUCACGACGAGUGGGGUAUGGGGCCUGGCGCCUAUGGCUUGUGUGCUCAAGAACACGCCCAUCGACCACGUUCUCUACAGCGUGGACUACCCGUUCGAGAAGAACGAGAACGGGCUGGCGUGGGUCCGGGAGCUGCGGGACAGCGGGAUGGUCACGACGGAGGAACUCGAGAAGAUUGCCUACCGGAAUGCUGAGAAGCUCCUACAAGUCAAGGCACCGGUUGUCGCCGGUGAGAGCAGGCAGCCAUGA